AUGUCAUCCUUGCAUUCAGAUGAUGACCAAGAAGAGAUUAACGUGGACUCCGACAGCAGAUUGUCGGGCCAAUGCGACAGAAGCAUUGCCUCAGAGGAUCGAGACUCUGAACACAGCUACCACAGAUAUCACGACUCUCCUAACGAACAUAUGACUGACACACAGCAAAGAGUGAAUCUACCUUUCAGUAUAUCUCGCUUACUUGGAAAGCACUUCGAAGACAUUGACAAACGUCGGAAUUCAGGGGAGAGUGAUGAUAGGAGUGAUCAGGACACUGAAUCAGAGAGUGUUAAGGAUGAGGCAAAGGACAAUUCGGGCCUGCCUAUUAAUUUCUCUCACAAUCCGGCCCUAUACCCGAACUCGGGCUUGCUCCUAAGGCCAGGUUUAGGUUUGGGGGCUAGUUAUGGGUUUUCCGGUAGUCCGGGGGUUGUUAGAGUGCCAGCGCAUAGAGCCUUGGGGGCAUUGGGUGCGUGGGGUGUGGCGUUAGAUCCCAUGAGACAGGCGGCAGCAGCGGCCUUCGCUCAUCAAGUAGUUAAAGAUCGUCUUAACGCAUCAUUCCCAAUUACAAGGCGGAUUGGGCACCCGUAUCAAAACAGAACACCGCCGAAACGCAAGAAACCUCGGACAUCGUUUACCCGCCUGCAGAUAGCCGAGUUGGAGAAACGAUUCCACAAGCAAAAGUAUCUUGCCUCCGCAGAACGGGCCUCGUUAGCUAAGACUUUGAAAAUGACUGACGCACAAGUCAAGACCUGGUUUCAGAACCGACGGACGAAAUGGAGACGCCAAACAGCCGAGGAGCGGGAAGCAGAGCGGCAAGCAGCGAACCGUUUGAUGCUGUCACUGCAGGCUGAAGCGCUCAGCAAAGGCUAUAUACCCGAACCACCGCCGGGCACCGCACCACUGUCAGCGCUUCAUUACCAAAGUUCAGCGAACACUGCACCAGCACCUCCAGCGAACACCGCAUUAAGCGCUUUACAAAACCUACAGCCGUGGGCGGGAAAUCAAGGCGGGUUUCUGAAUGCGCCGACGACUAGCGCGCCACCACAUCCGCCACCGGUAGCGUCACCUAUUUGUUGA